AUGCCCGGUAGCCACCACGGCGAAGAUGCCGAAGAGGAGGAACAGGUCCAGGUUGGCCGGGGGAGGAUCAGGCUGCAGGGCCACUUUUGUGGUGUCGCUGUCACAGCUUCGCACCGGCUUGAGCUGGCCAUCCCAGUGGAGGAGGAGGUGGAUAUCAACGUGCUUUUGCCCUUGCUGAACGGCUUCAAGGAUAGCCGCAAGGCGAAGGAGCCUCCGGAAGCGGAUGGCUCUCCCACGAACUCCAAGUUUGAUUCCAGCCUUUGGUCGACCCUGGAGGAGCUCCUGGAGAUCGACCGCAAGGGCAUCGAGGAGGAGGGCGACCAGGUCAUGGAGGAGAUGAUGGGGAGCUUUGAGCCCGGAUGGAGAGAAGCCUUUACGCGGGGCGAGACCUUUAUGCGCGGCGAGACCUUUGUGCGGGGAGUCUCACGCCGCAGCAGUGAUGCAACUGCAUCAGAGUCGGAGCUGGCCGCCAAGCUGCGGGAGGAGGAGAGAGAGCUGCGGGUCACCAAAGCUCACGAGAGGGCACUGGAGGUUGACUUCCAGGCGAAGGCCAGAUGGGAGUGCUAA